UGUCAAUUCGCCCAUGCUUGUGGAGAACGGCUGUUAAGUUUUAGCCUCUAACAUUAAGUGAAGUUUCAGUUGGUGUUCUUGUGUGUCUGUAACUACAAUCCAACAUCCGAUGGCAGAACAACCCUUGAUAGAGUGGAGCAGUGGUCUCUUUGACUGUUUUGAAGAUGUGGCGACUUGUUGCUAUGGUUUCUGGUGCUGCCCUUGCCUUGCCCUCACAGUUUCAGAAAGAUUGGGAGAGAGCCGUUGUCUCCCAUUAUGUGAUAUAUGCCCUGCCAUUUCUGCAUAUAGUGGGUUACCUCUGUGCGUGCCUCCUGCCGUCCUGUCUCUAAGGGCUGCCAUGCGAAACAGAUAUGGUAUCAAGGGUUCUCUCUGUAAGGACAUUGCAGCUGCCUGUUUCUGUGGGACGUGCGCCUGGUGUCAGAUGCAUCGUGAGUUAAAACAUCGCAAAAAAACUCCCACCGUCAUCGUCAUGCAAAAUCAAGUCAAUGUCCAGCCUGCUCCUGUGAUGAUGAUUCCCGGAUACCCGCCCCAAGCUGGUUUUGUGAACCAACCAGGAGUCUUUGAGAUGUCAUCCUGAGCUCUGUGGCUUCUUUUUUUGUGUUGUUGUCUUCUGAAGGAAAUAUUAUGCAGCUUAGAUCCUGCUAGUGUUUGUUUUGUUACACCAAAGACAAAAUGUAAGUGUAUGUCUAUGAGUGAAAACCAAAGUAGUAAUCACAGUGAUUUGUGUCCCCUUGGCAUCAGAGUAUGCUGAAUCAGUUUCAGUCUAUUAAUAUAAAUUACAUUUAUUGUUCCAAAUCCCUUAAUUUUAAGGAUUGUCAAGGAUGAAGGAGAUAAUUGUAGUCCUUUAAAAUCUUUAUUUAUAAUUAAAGAAAUAAUAAAGAUGUAUUAGGAUAGGAACUACAGUACUACUCAGCAACAUCACAGUGCAGUUUAUCCUAAAGCCCAGCAGAGGGCACUAACGUUAUAUGAACACAAAUUAAGUUGUCCAUCCAUUGCAAUCCUCCUCUUUGGUAAAAUAAAACGCUUUGACAACUUAUGCUAGUAAAGAACUACUACUAAAGAUUUCGGCACUAAAAUAGACACAAAAUAUAUAAAAAGCCUCACAAAUAGGCUACAUACAUACACUUAUUCUAAGUGAUGGAUGUGGUAAUAAGCAUAAACAGCUAGCAUCUUAACUAUGUACUUAACUUAGCUAUGUAGAUUUUUACAGUGCAAUCUAAAAAUGAAGUAUAUACAGUUUCUACAUAAAUAAAUAUAACAGCUACAGUAACUUACUUUGAUGGAGUCACACACUGCACAAAAGCAGCAACUCGAAGGAACAUCACAUCACACUACACACAGAACAAGAACACUGAACAUCCCUCAAAGGUGAUGGCUUAGAUGGUUCAGACAGAAACACAAUGUGACAAUCAGAGAUCAUAUAGGCCUACCCAGAAGCGUAACUAUCGGUAAGCAGGGUACGCGGUUGCUGACGGGCCGGACCAGUCAGGGGCCCGCCAACCUGUGCAUUUUCACAUUGAUGUACGCUGUAACGAUUUUUCACUAUAAAGUCGC